GACUCGCGGGCGGGUGGCGGUGUCCGUGCUCGCUGGUGAGGGCGGGAGGGAGUGAGUCACUGAGCGUGUGUGAGGGAGGGAAGGAGCGAGCGAGCGGGCGAGCGAGCAGCCCGCGCCGUCCUCCCGCAGCGCCAGCCAGGCCACGCCGCCGCCGCCUCCCCUCCGCCCUGCGCCCAGGCCGGGCCGAGCCGAGCCGGGUCGGGCCCGGGCCAUGCUGCUCACCGUGUACUGUGUGCGGAGGGACCUCUCCGAGGUGACCUUUUCCCUCCAGGUCGACGCCGACUUCGAGCUACACAACUUCCGCGCUCUGUGCGAGCUCGAGUCCGGCAUCCCUGCAGCUGAGAGCCAGAUUGUCUAUGCUGAAAGACCUCUCACAGACAACCACAGAUCCUUGGCUUCUUAUGGUUUGAAAGAUGGGGAUGUUGUGAUUUUACGACAGAAGGAGAAUGCAGACCCUCGACCUCCAGUGCAGUUCUCAAACUUACCCCGAAUAGAUUUCAGUAGUAUAGCUGUGCCUGGCACAUCAAGCCCCCGGCAGCGCCAGCCACCAGCAGCACAGCAGUCCCACUCAUCUCCUGGAGAAAUAGCUUCAUCUCCUCAGGGUUUGGACAAUCCAGCCUUGCUCCGAAACAUGUUGCUCUCCAACCCACAUGAGCUGUCCUUGCUGAAGGAACGCAAUCCACCCCUGGCCGAAGCUCUGCUCAGCGGAGACCUUGAGAAAUUUACCAGAGUCCUGGUGGAGCAGCAGCAGGACCGAGCCCGGAGAGAGCAAGAAAGGAUUCGUCUCUUUUCUGCUGAUCCCUUUGACCUUGAAGCUCAGGCAAAGAUAGAAGAAGAUAUAAGGCAACAGAACAUUGAGGAAAACAUGACGAUAGCAAUGGAAGAGGCUCCAGAAAGUUUUGGCCAAGUAGUGAUGCUUUAUAUAAACUGCAAAGUGAAUGGACAUCCUGUGAAAGCCUUUGUUGACUCAGGUGCCCAGAUGACUAUUAUGAGCCAAGCUUGUGCAGAAAGGUGUAAUAUAAUGAGACUGGUGGACCGUCGGUGGGCAGGGAUUGCCAAAGGAGUGGGCACCCAGAAGAUUAUUGGAAGGGUACAUCUAGCUCAGGUUCAAAUUGAAGGAGAUUUCUUGGCGUGUUCUUUCUCUAUACUUGAGGAACAGCCCAUGGACAUGCUUCUGGGACUGGACAUGCUUAAACGGCAUCAGUGUUCCAUUGACCUCAAGAAAAAUGUACUCGUGAUCGGCACUACAGGCUCACAAACCACCUUCCUUCCUGAAGGAGAGCUACCAGAAUGUGCCCGGUUGGCAUAUGGGGCUGGGGCCAAUCGAGAGGAUGUGCGGCCAGAGGAGAUUGCAGACCAAGAAUUAGCUGAAGCCCUUCAAAAGUCAGCAGAGGAUGCAGAGAAAAGUGGUAAAGAAUCUACCUCACUGGGAAUGUCAUCAGUACCAACUUCAGAUGGAUUUAACCAUCCAGCCCAUCCUUCAGGACAGAGUACUGAGAUUGGUAAUCCUACGAGUCUUGCUCACUCUGUCUCUGCUUCAGUCUGCCCUAUCAAGCCCAGUGACCCAGAAAGCAUUGAACCUAAAGCUGUGAAGGCUCUGAAGGCUUCAGCUGAAUUCCAGAUAAAUUCCAAAAAGAAAGAACAUCUUCCUCUGCAGGAUCAUUCUGAUCAUGCUUCUUCAGUAGACCAUGCUCCAGCAGAGCAGAGUUCAGUUAUGCCUUUGCAGAAUUCACCGGAAGAAGCACUUGUUGCAGAUAAUCUCGAGAAAUCUGCUGGAAAAAACACCCAGGGCCUCAAAUUUCAUCUCCAUACAAGACAGGAAACUAAUUUAUCUGUCACAACUACUAGGAUGCAUGAACCACAGAUGCUUCUAGGCAAAAAAGGUUGGGAUCCAGAAAAUCAGAACCUGACUCAAGUGAAUGGCCUUCAGCAGCAUGAAGAACCAGGGAAUGAACAGUAUGAGGUUGAACAACAGAAUGCUCCUUGUGACCAAGAACAUCUUUGUGACAUAGGGGACCUUGAACUUCCUGGAGAAAGGCAACAGAACCAACAAACAAUUGUUGAUUUGGAAGCUACAAUGAAAGGAGAUAGGCUACAGCAGAAUGUGGAUCUUCCAAGUACAAAGAAAAGUAUUCUACCUUCAGGAUGCUUUGGCUGCUCAAAUUCAGAAACACUUAUGGAAAUAGAUAUUGUUGAACAGUCCCUAGUUGCUGUGCUUAAUUCAGCAGGCAGUCAGAAUGCUGAUGUCAAGAACAUCACUGCAUCGGAUCUCACUUUAGAUAAUCCCUUGAUGGAAGUAGAGACAUCAAAAUGUAACCCUUCACCUGAAAUUUUGAAUUCCAUUUCCACUCAAGAUUCACAGCCCUCAGAAAGUAAUGUUGAAAGGUCUGGAACAAAUGAAGAAUAUGGCAAUUACUCCCCCUCUCUGAGUGUCUGUGGCAAUUGUCAGCCCUCUGUGGAGUCAACAGAAGAAUCUUGUUCAUCUAUAACAGCAGCGUUGAAAGAACUUCAUGAACUUUUGGUUAUUAGCAGUAAACCAGCUUCAGAAAAUCCAUCUGAAGAAGUUAUCUGUCAAUCACUAGCAGAUGGCCAAGCUGGUAUUAAGGGCCUUUCUGAAAGAUGCACGCAAAAUGAGCAUCUUACCCAGGAUGAACAGUGUCCACAAGUCUCCUUUCAUCAGGCCAUAUCUGUGUCAGUGAAGGCAGAGAGCUUGACAGGCACUUUACCUGGCACUGGAAUAGAAGAUGUAGAAAAUAUAAACUCCAGGGGUCCAAGUGAUGGCCUGUCAACUGAUAAGGAAGGUGUCCCCAAAUCUAGGGAAUCAGUAAAUGAGAACAGUUCUGUCACUCUAACCUCAGCUAAAACGUCUAAUCAAUUACACUACACCUUAGGUGUAGAAAUUUCACCCAAACUUUUAGCAGGUGAGGAGGAUGCACUCAAUCAGACUUCUGAGCAAACUAAGUCUUUGUCAUCCAGUUUCCUAUUGGUUAAAGACCUGGGUCAGGGCAUACAAAAUCCAGUAACAGACAGACCCGAAACCAGAGAAAAUGUCUGUCCUGAAGCUGCGAGGCCAUUUCUUGAAUAUGUAUCACCUACCAGCCAUCCAUCAUCAAGUCCCUCCGUUCUUCCACCAUUAAUUUUUCCUGCCACAGAUAUUGACCGGAUUCUCCGUGCUGGCUUUACUUUGCAGGAAGCUCUUGGGGCUUUGCAUCAAGUUGGUGGAAAUGCAGACCUUGCACUUCUUGUUUUGCUCGCAAAGAACAUUGUAGUUCCUACAUAACUAUGGGAAAGUGGGCUAGACCAUAUUCCAUUCCCUUAAAAAAAAAAAAAAAAAAGUUCUCUCUAUAUAUACACACAUACACACUCACCACGUAUACAGUAUAUGUAGAAACCUGCAAGCAGAAUGUUGAGCCAGAUUUUUUUUAAGAGAUUUUUUUCGGCCAAAGUAAUUUAUGAUCUCUUGUCUGAUGAAUUUGUCUAUUCUAUUUGUUAAAAUUUGGGCCUUUUUAAAUGUAUUGGCAGUAUGUGCAUACAAAGCUUUUUAUUCUCAUUACGAUGAUGUAUUCUGGAAUAAAAUGGAUGGUUUUGUUUAUAGCAUA